AUGGCCAUGUCACCCAACAGGGAGAACAUCAAGCACGGCCUCAUAUUUGUGAACUUCAUGACGGCCUCCAUGCUGGGCAGCUUCCUGGCGGGCGCCCUGAUGAAGCGUGGCCGGCCGGAGGCAUUCAUGCGGGGCGUGUUUGCGGUUGCGGCGGCGGCGUUGGCAGUGCCGAUGCUGCUCGCUCUGGACACCGCCAAGCGGCCAGAGCUCAAGGGCCAGCCGAUAACGUCCUCAGGGAAGCUGCAGCUCAUCGCUUUCUGCCUGUUUGAGGCGUGUGUGGGCGUCUUCUGGCCCUGCAUGAUGCAGCUGCGGUCAGAGUACGUGCCGGAGGACCUCAGGGCAACCAUCAUCAACAUAUUCCGCAUACCACUCAACCUGUUUGUGUGCGUCGUGCUCAGCAACGUGGAGGCGCUCCCGCUGGCCGGCAUGUUUGGCCUCUGCGUGGCCCUCAUGCUCGCGUCCCUUGCCUGCCAAGCGCGGCUGGAGCGUCUGGCAAGGGACCGCGCCGCAUCGCGCCGCAAAUGA